AUGAGGCGGCCCCCUGGAAAUGGACAGGCAGCCAGCGGAGGCCCAGGCCGUUGGGGUCUGUGGGGUCGACAGGAGACUGGGAGGCUGGGCUAUGCCGCUCCGGACCGCUGUGGGCAGGCCUUGCUGCGCAUUGGGAUUAACAUGAUGGCGCUACCUGGAGGCCACCACCUGGACUCCAUCCCCCUGCCUGGUCAGCGGCUGCACCUGAUGCAGGUAGACUCGGUCCAGCGCUGGAUGGAGGACCUGAAGCUCAUGACCGAGUGCGAGUGCAUGUGUGUCCUGCAGGCGAAGCCCAUCAGCCUGGAGGAAGAUGUGCAGGGUGACCUCAUCCUGGCGGGUGGUCCCAGCACCGGAGACCCCCUACAGCUGCUGCUCAAGCGGGGUUGGGUCAUCAGCACAGAGCUGCGCAGGAUCGGGCAGAAACUGGCCCAGGACCGCUGGGCACGGGUGCACAGCAUGAGUGUGCGUCUCACCUGCCAUGCCCGAUCCAUGGUCAGCGAGUAUAGCGCUGUCAGCAAGAGCUCCUCACAGGAGAUGGGCCAGAUUGAGAAGCUGCUGAUGGAGAAAUGCUCAGAGCUCUCAGCAGUCACGGAGAGGUGCCUCCAGGUGGAGAACGAACGUGUCCUGAAAUCCAUGAAGUCCUGCGUUAGUGAGACCUUGAGCACAUUGGGCCAGCAUUUUGGUCAGCUGCUGGAGCUAGCCCUGACUCGGGAGGUGCAGGCACUGGUAAGGAAAAUUGAUGCUUCCGACAAUCUCUACACCACGGAGUCCACCACAGGGAACCUUUUCAGCCUGACACAGGAAGGUGCACCUUUGUGCCGCAUAAUAGCCAAGGAGGGUGGAGUUGUAGCACUCUUCAAGGUUUGCCGGCAGGACAGUUUCCGAUGCUUGUACCCCCAGGCGCUCCGCACACUGGCCUCCAUCUGCUGCGUGGAAGAGGGUGUCCACCAGCUGGAGAAGGUGGAUGGUGUUCUGUGCUUGGCUGACAUCCUGACUGACAACAGCCAUUCAGAGGCCACGCGGGCUGAGGCUGCAGCUGUGGUUGCCCAGGUCACCUCUCCACACCUGCCCUUCCCCCAGCACCUCAGCAGCUUCCUGGAAAGCAUGGAAGAGAUCGUGACAGCCCUCGUCAAACUGUGCCAAGAGGCCUCAUCUGGAGAAGUCUUCCUGUUGGCCUCUGCGGCCCUUGCCAACAUCACCUUUUUUGAUACAAUGGCCUGUGAGAUGCUCCUGCAGCUGAAUGCCAUCCGUGUCCUCCUGGAGGCCUGCAGUGACAAGCAGAGAGUAGACACACCUUACACCCGGGACCAGAUUGUAACCAUCUUGGCAAAUAUGUCUGUCCUGGAGCAGUGUGCCUCUGACAUCAUUCAGGAGAAUGGAAUCCAGCUUAUUAUGGACAUGUUGUCUGAGAAGCCAAGGUCUGGAAAUCCUGCUGAGGUGGCAGCAUGUGAACGAGUCCAGCAGAAAGCUGCGGUGACCCUGGCCCGUCUCAGCCGAGACCCAGAUGUGGCACGGGAGGCUGUGCGGCUCAGCUGUAUGUCCCGCCUCAUCGAGCUCUGUAGGACUCCAUCAGAGAGGAACAGCAGUGAUGCUGUGCUCGUAGCCUGCCUGGCCGCUCUGCGCAGACUGGCCAGUGUCUGCCCCGAAGGCCUCCAGGAUUCCGACUUCCAGCAGCUGGUGCAGCCCCGGCUUGUGGACUCCUUCUUACUCUGUAGCAACAUGGAGGAGAGUUUUGUGUAGCGAGUGUGGGAGAGGAAAGGCAGCCAAUCCAGUUAUCAUGCCUUGUCAGAGUAUGCACCUGUGAAGCAUCCUCACCUUUUUAUUUAUAUUUAAUUUAUUUUUACAUGAAAUGGACAGAGGGCUCGGUAUUACAGCCGCAGCAUCAGUCUAUGGACCUUGAGAGUCUUCUCUGUGUUUAUUUUUUGACUUCUGUAGCUUUCCAGUUGCAGAUGUUGAAAUGCAUAAUGACUAAUAUGACAGAUUGUCAUGGGUGAUUUCACUUCAUGUGGCUUUUUCUACUUUCACGAUAUAAUCUUGCCUCAUUUUUGUACUUUGGAACCACAGUAUUUUAACUGCAUAGCA